AAACUUAAGUCAAAGAUGAAGCUUCUGGAAGUAUCAUCUCCUAGAAGUUCAGCAGUCAGUUUAGAUCUUCUUAAUCUAUAUGUGGUUAACCAGAUAUCAAUCAAAAAAGAAAACACUGAGAAUUUGAGGAAGCCAGUCCACAUUGAUAUCAUUGAAGAUGAGAAAAAACCUAUUAGGAGAUAUAACUUAGAGCUUCCCACUUCACCCCUACGUACACAACAUAAGUCAAACUUAGAUGAUCUCCAGAGCAGGUUACAAAAGCAAGUAUUGGACAGCAGAAGACAGCAUCUCUCAGAAAAAGUGAAAUACCAGAAUAAUCUAUCACGAGUAACAGAAUUAGGCUAUGUUGAUUCUAGUAUGGAAGAUGAAGACAACAGGGAAAGAGCUGUUAGUGGUCCUCCGUUGUCCUCUUCUGGCUUUCAGCUCUUUAACUGUACACAGCUUUCAGAAGAAAAUGUCAACACUAACUUAAUGGGCAACAUGUGGGAACAGACCUAUGAAAAGAAGCUGCAAAACCAGCCAGGAAAUAGUUUUGAUCAAGACCCCUGGAAUAUAAAACCUCCAAGCCAGUGUAUUUUCAGGAAGUGUGAAACAGAGCCCCAGGAACUAGUUGAGCCAUUUCAUAGGCUAGACCAUAUGAAUUCUGCCAGGRAAAAUCCAGUGAUAAUGGCCAGUAAGGAAUCAGAAGACUGCGAAGGAAUAAAAGAACCAAUAUUUGAUAUUGUGAAAGAAACUGCAGAACUGAAAGGCCCCCAAGACAGAAGUGGCUUCUCCUUUCUGGCACUAUUUGAAGAUGAGAACCAACCAAACCAUAAUAAUCCUUCCACAAAACAUUUUAAUUCUUUUGCUAGCCAAAGCAAUGCUAACAUUUUUUUCACUGUUCCUGAUGUAAGAAAUCAAAUGACCAACAGAAAUUGUUCUUAUGAUACUAGAAAAGAUUAUCCUGCAAUCAAUGCAAAAGAAAUUUCUGUAGAGAGACGCCUUGAAGGCAUUUUCACAGCUCCAGRACAGGUUUUCUUUAAAAGUAACAACACCUCAAGUGCAAGUUACAAGGAAACCAGUGGACUUGAUAACACUCACCUGCAGAACUGUCAUAAUGGACAGCGCUACUUCACACCCUGCGAAAAGAAAGAAAAAAAAGCACACCUUGAAAAGAUCGAGACAUUUGCUUAUCAUCAUGAUCAGCAGAAUAGCUUAAAGGAGAAUGUGCAGACUUACUCAGGAAAAAAAUUUGAUAACAAGUCUAUGAAAGAAACAGCCUGGAGUCAGAACCRUCUCUUUGUAUUUGGAGAGUUCACAACAGCACAAGAGAAAGAAUAUAAGUUUGGAGUGAGUUCAAAUUUUCAUGAGAUGGAGAAGGAUGUGGAGUCGCCACUCAGCAGCCAGUCUCACAGUUACUCUCCAAGGCAGACUGAGACCUGUUUGAGCUCUAGUCCUGACACAUCUGAAGAAGAAGACACAGCCAAAAAGAAGGAAUACCUGAAUGAACUGUCCUUGAAGACCCAUGAUGCCAACCUAUUCUCAGCCUCAGCAAGCAGAGAGGCCCUCAGGAGCUCUCACACCAGAACUGUGGCUAUGCAGCACAGCAGUACUCUGGCUAGGGAAGAAGCAAACAAUCUUCAGGAGAAAAACUCUAUUUUUUGUACCCCCACAGCCCUGUCUCGGGGCACAUCAUACCGUGCCCUUAAGGGGGAGUAUGUCACUCGCAGCACCAAGUGCGAUGUUUGGUCACAAACCGAGAGCUCUGCGACACAAGUAGAGAAGAUGGAUGUGGCCACUCAGUGUGACACCUUGAGGAUGUGCAGCUGUGGSGGGUCCCUCCCCGCUGCCCGCAGCCCAGGCGGGGCCCCUCCUCCCAACACCGCAGGAAAGCAUGAAUGGCCGGUGCAGGAGGUGCCACAGCCCGGGGGCACCAGCAGCGCGGCCGGGACAGACGCCUUCUCUUCUGAGGCUGAGUACCUGAGUUUGGCUGGCAGGAGGACUUUAGAGGUGCUGAGCUACAUUGAUAAAAUGAAGGAGAGAGAAAAGCAGUGAUCAACUAUAAUAGCAUGUAAGAAACUCAAAAGUUUUGUCCUGUUCCCAGUGUGUUUCAUUCAAUUGGCUUAUUUUGAUUUUUUCUAGCCAGGUUGGACAAAAGAUAUUUUUACUGUUUG